UUUUUGCUGCAAACGGAAGAGAAAAUGAGAAAUAUUUGUUGAAAAAUAUUAAGGAAAUGCAUCGUCUGUCAAAAAUAAUGAACAUAUUCGUAACAAUCGCGGCGGUGUGCUGGCUUGCGUCGAAUGUUGUUCAGAGGCUCAGGGAUGAAUCAACUGCUCAAGUGCAGCUGAAGAUGAUUAAACACAACUUGAAGCAUUUGUUUGACGAGACUAGUUUGAACAAAUCCAGUGGUUUAUACGACGAUGUGACUGAAAAGAAAUUGUAUAAGAAGUUUGUGUAUUAUGUAAAACGAUAUGAGAGACUUGUUUGGUAUAUUACUGAAGUAAACGGCGUUUUCAACCCAUCGAUGACAUUUCAGUUCCUGACGUCAUCAAUCACCAUGUGCAUAGUAAUUUAUGAGAUGAGCGAGACUUCUGUACUUUCUAUGGAAUUUAUAUUUCUAAUGGUAUUGAUUGUUAUUCUGUUGAUUCAAGUAUUUCUUUACUGUUAUUAUGGAAAUCUGGUGAGGCAUGAGAGCGAGUCAAUGAACACAUGUUUGUACGAAAGCGAGUGGACGUCGUCAUCUCCUCGGUUCCGUCGGGCGAUGCUGAUUGCCAUGGCGCGGUGGUCAAAGUCUAUGACCACGCGAGUGGCUCGAAUCAUACCGUUGGCUCUUGACACUUUUAUUUCUAUCAUAAAAUUUUCGUACACACUGUAUACAGUGAUGUCAUCAAACAAGGAUAAAUAAAAUAUCUAAGGUACAAUAAGUAUAUAAUUAAAUAGUUACUUAGUAAACACUAUUCUAUCUCAUAAAUGUUUCAAUAAAUAUAUAAACUACGAAUCUUAG